GCUGGGCCGGCAGAGCUGGGGCUGGGGCCCGGGUCGGCAGCCGCUGCCUCCUCUCCCGGCCCAUCUAUUUUUAAUGAGCUCCCCGGGCUUCUGCAGCGGGCAGGACGCAGAAAGGCAGGCCCUGGCGGUGGAGGCCCGGGGCCCCAGCCCAGCCCCGAGCCCUGGCCCCCGCACCCUUCUGGGCAUGAGAGGGCGGCCCUGGGGCCGCACAGCCCCCCGGCCGGGCAGGGCUCUCCAUGCAGCUGGUGCUGAAGAUGGAUUCAAGCCCAGACAAUGACAGCUGGUUGGAGGACCAGUGGGAGCGCUGGCUUACCCAUGACAUCAGCCUGGAGGAGUUUGAGGAUGAGGACCUCUCGGAGAUCACCGAUGAGUGUGGCAUCAGCCUGCAGUGCAAGGACACCCUGUCGUUACGGCCCCCACGCGCCGGGCUGCUGUCUGGGGGCGGCGUCGGCGCGGGCAGCCGGCUGCAGGCCGAGAUGCUGCAGAUGGACCUGAUCGACGCGGCGGGCGACACUCCCGGCGCCGAGGACGACGAGGAGGAGGACGAGGAGGAGCGCGCGGCGCGGCGGCCGGGAGCGGGGCCGCCCGAGGCCGAGCCCUGCCAGGAGCCCGCGCCCCGCGGCCCGGGCCAAGGCCAGGGCCCGGGGGGCGGGGACACGUACCGGCCAAAGCGGCCCACCACGCUCAACCUCUUCCCGCAGGUGCCGCGGUCUCAGGACACACUGAAUAAUAAUUCUCUGGGCAAGAAGCACAGUUGGCAGGACCGGGUGUCUCGGUCAUCCUCACCGCUGAAAACAGGGGAGCAGACACCGCCACAUGAACACAUCUGCCUGAGCGAUGAGCUGCCACCCCAGGGCAGCCCCGCCCCCACCAAGGAUCGCGGCACCUCCACCGACAGCCCGUGUCGCCGCAGCGCUGCCACCCAGAUGGCGCCUCCCAGUGGGCCCCCUGCUGCCCCCUCUGGGGGCCGGGGCCACUCACAUCGAGACCGCAUCCACUACCAGGCGGAUGUGCGGCUAGAGGCCACCGAGGAGAUCUACCUGACACCAGUGCAGCGGCCCUCAGACCCCGCAGAGCCCACCUCCGCCUUCUUGCCGCCGGCCGAGAGCCGGAUGUCAGUCAGCUCUGAUCCAGACCCUGCCGCCUACCCCUCUGCUGCGGGGCGGCCGCACCCCUCCAUCAGCGAGGAGGACGAGGGCUUCGACUGCUUGUCGUCCCCGGAGCGGGCCGAGCCGCCAGGCAGCGGGUGGCGGGGGAGCCUGGGGGAGCCGCCGCCACCUCCCCGGGCCUCGCUGAGCUCGGACACCAGCGCCCUGUCCUACGACUCGGUCAAGUACACGCUGGUGGUGGAUGAGCAUGCGCAGCUGGAGCUGGUGAGCCUGCGGCCGUGCUUUGGAGACUACAGCGACGAGAGUGACUCGGCCACUGUCUAUGACAACUGUGCCUCGGCCUCCUCGCCCUAUGAGUCGGCCAUUGGGGAGGAAUACGAGGAGGCCCCCCGGCCGCGGCCCCCCGCCUGCCUCUCGGAGGACUCCACGCCCGACGAACCCGACGUCCACUUCUCUAAGAAGUUCCUGAACGUCUUCAUGAGCGGCCGCUCUCGCUCCUCCAGUGCCGAGUCCUUCGGGCUCUUCUCCUGUGUCAUCAACGGGGAGGAGCAGGAGCAGACCCACCGGGCCAUAUUCAGGUUUGUGCCUCGACAUGAAGACGAACUUGAGCUGGAAGUGGAUGACCCUUUGCUGGUGGAGCUGCAGGCCGAGGACUACUGGUACGACGCCUACAACAUGCGCACAGGCGCCCGGGGCAUCUUCCCUGCCUACUACGCCAUCGAGGUCGCCAAGGAGCCUGAACAUAUGGCAGCCCUGACCAAAAACAGCGACUGGGUGGACCAGUUCCGGGCCAAGUUCCUGGGCUCAGUCCAGGUUCCCUACCACAAGGGCAAUGACGUCCUCUGUGCCGCUAUGCAAAAGAUUGCCACCACCCGCCGGCUCACCGUGCACUUUAACCCGCCCUCCAGCUGCGUCCUAGAGAUCAGCGUGCGGGGUGUGAAGAUAGGCGUCAAGGCUGAUGACGCCCAGGAGGCCAAGGGGAAUAAAUGUAGCCACUUUUUCCAGUUAAAAAACAUCUCUUUCUGCGGAUACCAUCCAAAGAACAACAAGUACUUUGGGUUCAUCACCAAACACCCGGCUGACCACCGGUUUGCCUGUCACGUCUUUGUGUCUGAAGAAUCCACUAAAGCCCUGGCAGAAUCCGUGGGGAGGGCGUUUCAGCAGUUCUAUAAGCAGUUCGUGGAGUACACCUGCCCCACGGAAGACAUCUACCUGGAGUAGCUGCACUGCCCCGCCCCCGACACCCCCGAGCCCUCAGGCUGGUGCCAAGACAGCUGGCUGCAGACAGGAUGUGGCGCUGCUGGAGGAGGGGCACUGCCACCACCAGAGGAUGGGGAAGUGGAGGCUGGUGGCUGAGGGUGGGGAGGGCGGGGGUCAUGGGGAGAGGCAAAUGCGGUUUAUUGUAACAUAUGGGAUUAGAUUCGUCUAUGGAGGACAGAGCGGGCUGCCCCGGGAUUGGGAGGGGUGGGCUGGGGGUAUCAGGCCUCUGGGGUACCAGGAAGGGUACCCAUCUUAGGAGCAGAGGGUUCUGCCCCAUCCGGGGCCUCACUUCCAGGCCCGGGGCCUCACUUCCAGGCCCAGGGCCUCUGGCUCUCUGGCUGUUGGCUCCUGCCUUGACAGUGCCCAUGCCACCUGCAAAUGCCCCCCCGCCCAACUCCCAACCCCCACCGGAGGCCCUGCACUCAGAAUGAGCCCAGCCACCUCCCCAGGACUUUGCAGUAAGGAAACGGCAGCAGGGGGACGGGCAGUCCCUGUCCCCAGCUCUGUCACCUGUGUGGCCUCUGGAUGGCUCCCACCAACCUCACUGGCAUGCCUGCCCCUGGGCAGCGGUGGGGCCUCACUGGGGGAGGAGAGAGCUGCAGCAAGGCCCUGCCCGGCAGGAAAGGGAACCUUCUGGACUAGCCCGGGCCAGCCGGGACCUCUUGGCUGCUUCGGCUGUAGCCCUGUCUUGGUCCUGUCACGCUGGCCACAACUAUUAAAGUGCCAUUUCCUGUCUGGACCGCAG